AUGCCCUGUCUUGUUUCCAUGGUGUUUUUAUUAUUGUUGUUGACAAUUACUAGUCCAGUCCUAUCUACAUCCAGCCGGCUGAUAAGAGAUUUCCAUUUCUUUUCAGUCUUUGGUUGGUUUGCCGUUUCCUGCUCAGUACAUGAUUCGACGCGUAAUGGGUGAGGUGGACGUAAAAUUGGGAAUCCAGCAGACGCUGGCCAAAAUCGACGAGGCUUUCGCCAAACGAUCCGCGACAAUCAAAGCGCCCAAACCGCAACUGGUGGCGGUAAGCAAAACCAAACCGGUCGAGCUGAUCCUCGAUGGGUACUCCAUUGGGCAGCGUGACUUUGGUGAAAACUACGUCCAAGAAUUGAUCGAAAAGGCGAACGAUCCGCGCAUUUUGGACCAAUGCAAAGACAUCCGGUGGCACUUUAUCGGGCACCUGCAGAGCAAUAAGAUCAAUAAGAUCGUCAACCUUCCCAAUCUGUACAUGAUUCAGACAGUUCACAACGCAAAACUGGCGGAAGGUUUGAACAAAGCCUGGGAAAAAGUUAAGGCCGAGAAGCCGGAGAGCCAACAGCUGAAUGUUCUCAUUCAAAUCAACACCAGCGGAGAAGAUGAGAAAAAUGGAACUCAACCGGCCGAAGCCACGAACCUCUACCGUUUCGUGACGGAGCAAUGCCCCAACCUGAAGUGCCACGGUGUGAUGACGAUCGGUCGCUUCGGGCACGACUACUUCACUGGGCCUAAUCCGGACUUCAUCGAACUGAUGAAGUGCCACCAGGACAUUUGCAGUGCCUUUGAACGGGAUUCCGCCGACCUACAGGUCUCGAUGGGAAUGUCGGAUGACUUCGUUCAGGCGAUUGAAUAUGGUAGCACAAUUGUACGCGUAGGCAGUUCUAUUUUUGGAGCCCGAGCGAAGAAAAACGAAGCAUAGGAAUUUUUCGAGCCUCAACCGUACCUACCGUUACUCACCACAACUACAACCCACGCGCUGCUGAUCGGAACCGAGAAGGAGAGGAGUUGGAGUAGUCGGGGAGCAGAGGCAAAACGCGCAAUUGUUUAGUCACACAGAUGUUGAACCGACUUGCCGAUUUUCAUCGAAAUGAGAACCGGUGAUAGUGUCGAGGUGUACGAUGGAAUUCUGUUUGUUAUUUUUGUAGAUCGAAAGUAGAAUUGAAGUGAGGGUGGCACACCAUACGUUGUGCUGUAGUUUUCGUUUGCGUUCGGUUGAUGAAUGGGACAUUGAGUUAGCAUUAAAAAUAAAAUUCACGUUUUGCGUCAGUUGUUAAA